CAGAUGUUCACCGCCUGGGACCGGCUCCGCCUUUCUGCCGCGUGCCGACGCUUGGCCGCCCAACGGCCAGCCAACGCCCCGUGGAUGAGCUGCAACCGCUCCAGGCUGCAUUUCAUAUGCUCCCCUUCUUCCCUUUCUAUCGCCUGCUUUUCCUAGUCCUUGUUUGCGGUCAUCUUUUCUUCGUCUGUCUUUCGUUCUUCAGUGUAGCUGUGGCCUUGGCUCACAGGCCCGCCACGGUCAUGUUUCAGCGCCUGCGCGACGCAAUCGAUUCUCGGAUUGCAGAGGAACAAGCUCGUCAACGCUCCGCUCAGAACUCUCUCUCGCGCUCCAACUCCGCUCGUCAUCCCACGAGCCGCAACCUCUCUCCUACCAGGCGGACUUCUCGUCCGCGACGGAACACUGGAACCCCCGUCCGCGGCCCAGACCCCAAUGAAUUCGAGCCUGAAUUCGCCAUCGGAGAUGAUGAAGGUUCCAGUAGAUCAGCCACUCCGCGUCUAGAGCCGGCGGGCGGCUCCGAAGUUGCCCCGGAGGAAAAUGGCGGGGAGGGCAAGGCGACUGCCGAGGAAUCCACCACCAAGAAGCCGGAGGCCCAGCCCGUGACGGAGAACCAGUCGCCGUCCGAGCUGCCGCCAGAGAUAAGGGUGAAAUUGCGCCGAUUGGGCAAACUAGAAUCCCGCUAUCAAGAUCUCCUCAAAGCCUACCGAAUGGCCCAUUCGCGCGUCCUGUCGAUCGAACCCUUUGAAGCGGCCCUACGGGAAAAUACCCCUCUGACGUCAAUUGGCGAACCCAAGGCUUUGACAGAGUACUUGAACCAGAUCUCGCUGAAAGGAGAUCUAGUGGUGGAAGAACUGAAACGUGUAACGGCUGAGAGGGACGACUACAAGAAAAAGUUCGAAGAGGCCCAGAAGGCCACCAAAGCCGCCUGGGACGAAGUUGCGAAACUCAAGGAGGACAACAAGGUCCAAGAAAAGGGAGGCGAUGGAUCAGCUGUCGGUACUGUUGCGGAUGGAUCUACAACCGAUGGUUCUGCACCGGCAGGGAAGGCGUCCACUGUUGCUGGCGCAAAAGACACCGCCGAAGAAUCUCAGAAACCCUCUGGGCCGCAGGCUGACAGUGAGGAAUUCUUCUCUUUCGACAGCGAAAUCCCGCGAUUGGAAUCGGAGUUGAAAGAGAAGCAGGAUGAGAUUGUGACUUUGAAGUCGCAGGAAGAGUCGCUCAAGCGCGAUCUAUCGGUGGCACGCGAGUCGACGGAGGGUAUGGUCCAUAAUCUGGAAUCUGCAACUCGGGAGCUUGUUGAGUUACGCGAUAUCAAGGAUAAACAGGAUACGGAGCUGGAGAAGCUCAGGACUUCGAAGCAAGAGGAAGUCGAUGAGCUUAAAGUCAAGCUUGGAGAGUCGGAAGAUGCCGUUUCAAAGACUAGCGCCGAGAUUGAGAACCUGAAAUUCGAGCUGAAGCAACGAACCGACGAAAUUGAGCAACUUCAGGCUCAGGCUGCUCCGGUCAAGAGCGCUGACCAGCAAGCAGAAUUCGACUCCAUACUGGAAAAGCUGAAGAAGGAGAAGGAAGCUAAUGAAAAGCGUUUGGGGGUCCUACAAGGAUUAGUUGACAGCCUUCGGUCUCAGCUCAAGGAGACGGAAGAAACUGUGACCAACAUCAAGGUUGAAUUAGGACAGAAGACCGAAGAUCUAGGUAACUUGCAGAACGUCGUCGGGUUCCUUGAUGCCAAUCUCAAAGACAACGAAAAAUGGCAACAGACCAAAGAUCAGAUUGCGAGUGGGAAGGAAGCAGUUUUCAGUGAACUGCGCGACAGCCUGGUUCCUACACCGCAAGCUUCGGAAACAAAAGAAGAUUCACCCGGGCCAAGCACACCAGCGGCUAAUCCUGCAGGCAGUGGUGGGGCAGGUAAGAAGAAGAACAAAAAGAAGAAAAAAGGAGGCAAGGCGAGCGAGGAUGUUAAUAAGGCAACGGAGAAUGCUGCCCCUGAGGUUAAGCCACAGCCAGCAGAACAAGCUGAUCAAUCAGAUUUGAAACUGGCUGAGCUGGAACAGACUAUUGAGUCGCUGAAAAAGGACCUGGAAGAGAAGGAUGCUGCCAUUGAUCGCCUGCAUUCGAAGCUCAAGGGAGAGGAGGACUUGAGAGAGGAGAUUGAAAGUCUUCGUGACGACCUACUCAGUAUUGGCCAGGGUCAUGUCGAGGCAAAGGACAAGGUGAAGGAGCUUGCUGCCGAGAAGAGCGCGUUGGAGGAAACGAUUUCCAAGUUAGAGAAGGAACUGGUGGAUUUACGGACGAGUGCCGAAUCCAGAAACGCCGACUCUGAGAAAGCGCAUAGCGACUUGAAGGACGAAUACGAGAAUCUCAAGAUCAAAUCCACCACCCUGGAGACUGAGCUCUCUGCUGCCCAGCAACUGGCUGCCACGCGGUUCAAGGAUAUGACGGAUUUGCGGGAGACACUGCAGAAAUUACAGCCGGAAUUGAAGAAGCUGCGGGCCGAGUCCUCGGAGCUCAAGUCCACAAAAGAGACGUUGACAGGUAAGACGACCGAACUGAGGAACCUGGAGGGCAAACACGACGACCUGCGUGCGGAGUUGAAGUCCCUCAAGUCUACUAUUUCGGAGAGAGACACCGAAGUCAAGACCCUCAACCAGAAGAUCAGACAGGAGACGGAGAGCCGUCUGAAGGCCGAGGAGAAAUUGACAGUUGCUCAAUCUGACCUGCGAUACUCAGAGAGCAAAAAGCAAGAAGCCGUGGAGGCGAAGGAGAAGCUAGCAACGGACCUUUCCAAGGCCCAGGACGAAUUAAAGGCAGCCCGAACCCGACUACGCGAAGCCGAAAGCCAGGCUACACAGUUGAACAAGGACCUCGCAGGCCUACGAGAAGAGAUCCAGCUGAAGACUGCACAGCAUUCCAGCGCUCAAAGUUUGAUGAAUAGCAUGCGCGACCAGGCUGGGGAGCUGGGGAUGCAAAUGAAGGAAGCCCGGGAGCGAUGUGAGAGCUUGGAGGAAGAACUAGCGGAUGCUCAUCGUCUGCUGAGCGAGCGGACACGGGAGGGCGAGACAAUGCGACGCCUCCUCAAUGAUAUCGACGGCCGCGCGGAAGCUAAAGUUCGAGACUUUAAGGAACGCAUGGAGGCUGCCAUCGAAGAACGAGACAGGGCCGAGGAUGAAGCAAGUGCUCAGGGCCGCCGGCGGGCGCGUGAGUUGGAAGACCUGAAGAGUAAGCUGCGUGAGGCGGAGCGAGCCUUGCGCACAGUGGAGGAAGACAAGGAAGAGUUGGAGCAUUCCCAGAAGGAUUGGAAGCGUAGACGGGAUCAACUCGAGGCCGAGUCCGAGAAGACGACACACGAACUCAAUGAUCUACGACAGGCUAUGGCACGGCUGCGAGAUGCGCUGGAUGAGAGUGAGAAGCAAGUCCGUGACCUGGAGAAGGAGAAGGCCGAGCUGCGCCGGUCAGUGGAGGAGACCAACGCUCGAUUAGAAAAGGCUCGCAAGUCCACCAAGAUCCUGCCAGAGGAAAGUCGGUUUGGGCACCACCCACAGUCGUCCCGAUCAUCCAUUGAUUCUGGCUCGCGGAAAGCGGUUGCAUCUCCGGUCGCGAAGGACCGCAGCCCGUCGACUCGGAGAAGUGAAACGCCCACCGGUCCUGCCAUCGAUUACAUCUAUCUGAAGAAUGUUCUCCUUCAGUUCCUGGAGCAGAAGGAUAAGAACUACCAGAAGCAGCUGGUUCCUGUCCUGGGGAUGCUGCUACAUUUCGACCGGUGAGAUUUCCCCCUCAUUCCCUUUGCUAUUCCCUCUGCAUUGUAGACGUUGCUGACCGACACAGGACCGAUGAGCAAAAGUGGAUGGCGGCCAUUACAUCGCGGUAGGUUUCGGGCUCAUGCCGGCCACUGUAAUCCUACCUGGUACAUAGUAUUCUUUAUUCACUUG